AUGGCUUACGGGGCGAUGAUCUCGAAGGUCCCGUGUGAAAGUAUCCAGAGGAUUAGAGGUGUACUACUUCGUGCUUCUAAGCGGUUCUCCGCUGGUCACUCUCAAGUGGUCCUUGGUCUCAAGGGCGGCGAGUCUGAAUUUCAAGUCAACAAGAUAUAUUUAGGGCCAAAGUUCCACUUCUUGAAGUCAGGGAUCACGAGUGAGGCUCUUCCUGAUUCGCUGUCAUCAGCAGGCGGGACUUUACCUCACUUCCUGGAGGAGCCUGAGGAUGCUUACAUCAUCAAGAGCAACCCAACCAAACUGCGCUGCAGGGCCACACCAGCAUUGCAGAUCUUCUUCAAGUGUAAUGGAGAAUGGGUCCACCAGAACCAGCAUGCUGUCCAAGAGUACAUGGACGACAAUACUGGCCUGAAGAUCCGUGAGGUGAUGAUCAACAUUUCUCGGCAGCAGGUUGAAGAUUUCCACGGGCCGGAGGACUAUUGGUGCCUCUGCGUAGCCUGGAGCCACUUAGGAACAUCCAAGAGCCGCAAAGCGACGGUUCGCAUCGCAUACCUCCGUAAAAACUUUGAGCAGGACCCUCAGGGGAAGGAAGUGCCAAUCAGGAGCAUGAUUGUGCUGCACUGUCGACCACCAGAGGGCGUGCCCGUGGCGGAAGUGGAGUGGCUGAAAAACGAGGAACUAGUCAGUUCCCUUGGCGAUGACAACAUUGACACGCGCGCCAACCAUAACCUCAUCAUCAGCGAGGCACGACUGUCUGACUCUGCCAACUACACCUGUCUGGCCAGUAACAUUGUUGCCAGGCGACGUAGUGCAACUGCAACGGUCAUUGUCUUUGUGAAUGGAGGGUGGUCUUUGUGGACCGACUGGUCUCCCUGUAAUGUUAACUGUGGCUUGGGGGUCCAGAAACGUUCUCGGACCUGCACCAAUCCAGCCCCUCUGAAUGGAGGAGCAUUCUGUGAAGGAAUGUCAGUGCAGAAGAUCAGCUGCAGCGCCCCCUGUCCAGUGGAUGGUGGAUGGGAGGAGUGGGGUGAGUGGACAGAGUGCUCUGCCCAGUGUGAGAGACAGCGCUGGAGAGAGUGCACUGCCCCAAUCCCCCAACACAGAGGCAAGAUCUGUGAGGGUGACAGCCAAACCAGAGAGAACUGCACCGGAGGGAUGUGUUCACAAAAUGGCAAGCUUAUGAAUGAUGUAAGACCCCAGAAUAUGGACAGCUCCAAUGAGGUGGCACUUUACUUUGGUCUGGCCGCCGGAGUCAUCACUGUGGCCCUGCUAAUCAUUGCAGUAACACUGUACCGUAGAAACCAGAGCGAGUAUGGUGUGGAUGUCAUCGACUCAUCUGCCCUUACCGGCGGCUUUCAGUCCUUUAACUUCAAGACUGCCAGACCAGGUAACCCGCUACUUCUGAAUCCCUCCAUGCAACCCACGGACGUAACAGUGGGCCAGAACUACAGCACCGCUGUUGGUUUCCAUAACUCCACUGACAAGGACCUCUUUGACCCUCUACCUGACCUCCAGGUCAAAGUUCAGAGCUCCUUUAUGGUUUCGCUAGGUGUGGCAGAGCAAGACGAGCGUGGGGUAAAAGGUCACAUGGAGACAAUUCCGAGGAGGGCAGCUCAGGACAGCAGGAGCACAGAAGAGGGGAAGAGGGGACACAAUGGCCCUCUGAUGUCCUCCAAAACUCAGCUUAGGACAAGUGGAGUAUUUGGACAUCUCGGUGGACGGCUGGCCAUGCCAGAUGCAGGUGUGAGUCUGUUAGUAUCUCAUGGGGCCAUAGCUGAAGACACAUCCUGGGAAAUAUACAUGCUUAUAAAUCAGAGAGAGGCCAGUGCUCAGGCAGCAGAAGGAUGCGAAAUUCUACUAGGACCAGAGGUCACCUAUGGACCCCCAAGGCUAAAUCUUGCCUGUUCGGUUGCUAUGACGAUCGCUCACUGUGUGGAGGUCAGUGUGGAAAACUGGAAUGUGCGACUCAAGAGACAAACUGAGGACAACAAAUGGGAGGAGGUCAUGUCAGCAGAUGACGACUCUACUUCCUGUUACUGCCUAAUGGAAUCUUCUAGAUGUCACAUCCUGGUGGACAGGCCAGGUUCCUAUGCCCUGGUUGGAGAAGCUCUGACUAAUAUGGCAGUGAAGAGAAUGAGGAUAGCAGUGUUUGGCAGCUUAGGCACCAGCUCUAUGGACUACUGCCUGCGGGUGUACUGUGUGGAUGACACGCCACACGCCUUUCAGGGAGUGGUCGCCACGGAGAUGAGCCGAGGCGGGAGGCUCCUGGAGGAACCGAAGGUUCUGUAUUUCAGAGCAAGCACCUUCAACUUGCAGGUGUCCAUUCAGGAUGUCCCUCAGUUCUUAUGGAGCAUCAAACCCUUCACUACCUGUCAGGAGUUCUCUUUUUCCCAGGUUUGGUGCAGUAACCAGCAGCCUUUACAAUGUGCCUUCCUCCUGGAACGCUACAGUGCCGCCAGCAGCCAGCUCUCCUGUAAGAUCAGUGUGCGGCAGCUUGGCGGACAUGAACAGAUCCUGCAAGUCUACACGACUGUGGCCCAGAGUGAGAGGGAGCAGGCUCCAUACUUACUGCAGACAGACUGCACGGGCAGCUCUCAGACUGGGGCCAAAGCCUUUAAGAUCCCCCUCUCCAUUCGCCAACGAAUCUGUGCCACCUUUGACUCCAGUGCCAAGACGGGCAAUGACUGGCAGCUCCUGGCUCACAAACUCCGCACAGAGAGGAACCUGUUGUACUUCUCUGCUCAGCCCAGUCCGUCUGCAGCCAUUCUCAACCUGUGGGAGGCCCAGCAUCAGGACGCGGCUGACCUGGGCUCUUUGGCCAGCGCUCUGGAAGAGAUCGGUAAGGUCCAAACCCAAAGCCCGUCACAGACUCCCGAGGAGAUGGAACCAAACUUUCAUCAGUGA